AUGCAUUCGACUAAAACGAUCUGCAUCGUCGGUGUUACAGGGAAUCAAGGUGGUUCUGUUGCUCAGCGAUUCCUCCAGGACCCCGCUUAUCAUGUCCGGGGUCUAACGCGCGACCCCUCUUCGAGCAAAGCCCAGGAGCUCGCCGCGCAGGGGAUAGAGAUUGUCCAGGCUAACCUCGACGAUGCGGCUAGCCUAAAGGCAGCUUUUGCGGGCGCCAACGUUAUCUUCAGCGUCACCAAUUACUGGGAGCCAUUCUUCCGAGCAGACUGCCGACAGAAGGCUGCUGAGCUGGGCAUAUCCUGCCGCAAAUACGCCUACGAUGUUGAAUACCAACAGGGCAAGAAUAUUGCUGAUGCAGCGGCAGCAACUGCCGACACUUUAGAUGAAAAUGGGUUUCUUGUGUCGACAUUGAGCCACGCUGGGAGGUGUAGCGGAGGCAAAUUCGAAGAGCUGUACCAUUUUGAUGCCAAGGCAGACGUCUUCCCAAGCUACGUGCAGAGUAAUCACCCAGAGCUGUCUCGGAAGAUGUCUUGCGUGCAGACGGGAUAUUUCAUGUCCAGCUACAAGCUGGUUCCGGAUGCUUACUUCGGGAGAGCUGAAGAUGGCUCCUUUGAGAUGACGUUCCCUACUGCCCCAGACGCAGCGGUACCUCAUUUCCAUGUCAAUGCGGAUAUGGGGCAUUUUGUAUAUGCGGUGGCUAAGAUGCCGCCUGGGAAGAGUUACAUAGCUGAAGGCACGACGUGCAGCUGGGCGGACUAUAUGAGAUUAUGGAGUGAGGUGAACUCUGUGCGAGCGUCCUAUCGGCAAAUCUCGUUGGAAGAUUUGAUAGAUCGAACACCAGACGCAGAGUUCGGCCGGGAAGUGGGGGAUAUGUUUGCAUAUUCGACCGAGCCGGGGUACGAUGGUGGUGAAAGAGAGCUACUGCAUGCGGCAGAUAUCCGAAAACCAAGUGGACUUUCGCCAUACACGAAUCCAAUCCUGCCCGGAUGGCACUCUGAUCCGUCAUGUGCCUAUGUCGAAGAAGAAGACACAAUCUUCUGCGUGACAUCGACGUUCAUCGCAUUCCCCGGGCUCCCAGUCUAUGCCACAAAAGAUCUCCAAAACUGGAAACAAGUCAGCAACGUCUUCAACAGACCUAGCCAAAUCCCAUCCCUCAGCAACACCACAAACCAACAAGGAGGGAUCUACGCACCAACACUCCGCUACCGCGACGGAACCUUCUACCUGAUAGUCUCCUUCCUCGGCCCAGAGGUCAAAGGCCUCGUCUUCACCUCAUCAGAUCCAUACAGCGACGCCGCAUGGAGCGACCCACUGGAAUUCUCCGUCCGGGGCAUCGACCCGGACAUCUUCUGGGACGACGACGGCACCGUAUACGUCACCUCAGCCGACGACGCCCGAAUUCAGCACUACUCUCUCGACCUCCAAACCGGAGAAACUGGCCCCGUAACCUACCUCUGGAACGGAACGGGGGGUGCCUCGCCCGAAGGACCCCAUCUGUACCGCAAAGACGACUUCUAUUACCUGAUGAUCGCCGAAGGAGGCACCGAGCUCAGCCACGCAGAGACAAUGGUCCGGUCCAAGAGCCGCACCGGACCGUGGGAGCUCUGUCCCCAUAACCCAAUCCUAACGAACAGGAACACGACCCAGUACUUCCAAACAGUCGGCCAUGCCGACUUGUUCCAAGACGGGACCGGCAACUGGUGGGCCGUGGCCCUCAGCACCCGGUCCGGACCCGAAUGGAAGAACUACCCCAUGGGCCGCGAGACGGUUCUAGCCCCUGCCACCUGGGACGAAGGGGAGUGGCCCGUCAUCCAGCCAGUCCGAGGCCAGAUGCAAGGACCGCUGCCUCGAGAGAACAAGGACGUAAAAGGCGAUGGGCACUUUGUCGACGAGCCGGAUGAUGUUACUUUUGCUCCGGGAGACUCGAUUCCAUCUCAUUUCUUGUAUUGGCGGUAUCCGCAGACCUCGAACUUCGCUGUAUCCCCACCAGACCACCCGAAUACCCUCCGUUUGACGCCCUCCCUCUACAAUAUCACGGGAAAUGCUUCCUUCACUCCAGACCAGGGUAUCACCCUCAUCACCCGUCUCCAGACAGAUACCCUAUUCACCUACAGCGUGGACAUCGCAUUCGACCCCCAGGUCCCCGACGAAGAAGCCGGCGUCACCCUCUUCCUUACCCAGGAGCAACACGUCGACCUGGGCCUGGGGUGGAGGGGAGAGCCAAUCCAGUUCCAGAUCCAAGCUGUGAGUGAUACCCAGUAUGAAUUCUCGGUUGCGUCGGUCAAAACGCCAGCGAAGAGGGCCAUUGUUGGAUAUGCGGAUUCGAGGAUUGUUAGUGGUGAUACUGGGAGGUUUACUGGUACGCUUGUUGGCAUUUACGCGACGAGUAAUGGUGGAUUGGGGACUACGGAGGCGUAUAUCAGCAAUUGG